AAGUUCAAUUGCAUUCUUUUUUUUUUCAUUCUUCUUAUAUUACAAAUUCAACUCCUAUUUUUUCCUCCGACGACGCUUUUUUUUUUUCUUCCUCUGUCGUCGGAUUUUCAAGAAUCAAUUUCGUCAAAAAUAAAUAAAUUACGGAGAUAUAUAAUUCCAGGAUUCGGCCUCUUAUUAUAGUAUUGAGCCGUUAGAUAGAGACAUUCAUCACUGUUUAUAAAAUACCAGCAUUUGUGAAACUCCAUAGUAGGUCAUUUUUUUAGCUACAAAAAUUUGCAAGAAAAGGAAGAAAAAAAAAAAGAAGAAGAUGGGUUUCUGGACAUUAUUAGAGGUGGCAUCGAUGCCAAUAUUGCAAGUGCUGAUAAUAAGUGGAUUAGGAGCUGUAAUGGCCACUGAUUAUCUCAAGCUACUUCCUGCUGAUGCCCGCAAAUCCCUUAACAGAAUAGUGUUUGUGGCAUUUACGCCUUCCUUAAUGUUUGCGAGUUUGGCAGAGACUGUCACCUUUCAAGAUAUCGAAUCAUGGUGGUUUAUGCCCGUUAAUGUCGGGCUAACAUUUCUAUUUGGAGGCAUUCUUGGAUGGAUUGCGGUGAAAAUAUUGAAACCAAAGCCACAUCUUGAGGGACUUAUUAUUGCUGCAUGCUCAUCAGGAAACUUGGGAAAUCUUCUAUUGAUAGUCAUUCCUGCAAUUUGCAAAGAAGAUGGAAGCCCAUUUGGUGAUCAUAAAGUUUGUGCAUCUGUUGGCCUUUCCUAUGCUUCUUUCUCCAUGGCACUUGGUGGUUUCUACAUAUGGACAUACACAUAUCAGCUAAUACGUAGCUCAUCCUUGAAAUUUAAAGCACUAAAAUCAGCAGAGGAAGAAACCGUUAAAGAACCAAACAAGGACUUAAAUACUAAUGAAAAGUCUUACCUUCUUGACAACAAUUCUCAAGAUCAACUGCCUGUUAGUGUGACAAAAUCCACUGAAAAUCAAACUCAGAAAACAAGUAAAGUAGCAGCAGAAAUAGAGCCAAUAAUAGGAUCAUCAUGGAGCAAAAUAGUAGGGGUGUUACACACUUUCUUGGAAGAGCUAACGGCACCACCGACACUUGGAGCUAUCAUAGGAUUUCUGUUUGGGUCAGUGACAUGGCUGAAAAAUCUGGUGAUUGGGGAUGAGGCGCCCCUUAGAGUUAUUCAAGACUCUGUCAAAUUACUUGGGGAUGGAACCAUUCCAUGCAUCACCCUUAUACUUGGAGGCAACCUCACCCAAGGAUUGAGGAAGGCACAAGUGAAACCAUCGACCGUAAUAGCAGUACUUAGCGUACGGUAUAUCUUCAGUCCUUUGAUAGGGAUUGGAAUAGUUAAAGCAGCAGCCAAUUUAGGGUUCCUUCCAGCAGACCCUCUCUACCAUUUUGUGCUUAUGCUUCAGUACACUGUCCCACCUGCCAUGAAUAUCGGAACAAUGACACAAUUAUUUGAUGUAGCACAAGAAGAGUGUUCAGUUCUAUUCAUGUGGACUUACUUGGUAGCAGCACUAGCACUCACCAUUUGGUCCAGUGUAUUCAUGUGGCUCUUGUCAUAAUAAUACACUGAAUAUCAAGACACCCCAUUUAGACAAAGAAUUUUUUUUGCUUUUAAAUUCAUCUUUUAUUAUAGAAUAGGCAUACAAAUCUUAGAUACCAGAAGCACUUUUUUUUUUUUUUUUUUUUUUGUCUUAGGGGGUUCCAUUUCUAGCCAUAAUUCUUUUGAUGUAAACCAAUGUCGUUCCUCAUUUGAUUGCUAAAAGUCGAGAAGAUCUCAGUAUGUUUAUUCUACAUUUAUUUAUAAAUCAUUAUUUCUCAUGAAA